AAAAGCCGUGUGUAACUAAAACGAAAAAAUUAAUCCUCCACCUCGCAUCUUGUUUAGGUUUUCUCUCUUUCAUCGCAAUGGAUUUCACAAAAAAACGCAAAGCCGACGAAAACGGCACCACCACAAUCACCACCACCAGUUCUCCGCCACCAACCACCACCUUAUCCCCACAAGACAUUCGCAAAAUAAUCGAACCAUUUACAAAAGAACAACUUCUCGAAAUCCUUCAAACCGCCGCAACACGACACGCCGAUGUCCUGGAGUCAGUACGAACCUUAGCCGACAGCGACAUCUCGCUCCGAAAGCUCUUUAUCCGAGGCCUUUCCUCGGAGACUACAACCGAAACUAUUCGCAAUCUUUUUAACAAUUAUGGAGAACUCGAGGAAGCAAUUGUAAUCUUUGAUAAGAAUACAGGUAAAUCAAAAGGGUUUGGUUUUAUUACGUUUAAACAUGUAGAUGGUGCUUUAAUUGCUUUAAAAGAACCUAGUAAAAAAAUUGACGGUAGAAUGACUGUUACUCAGCUAGCAUCUGCUGGUUUAUCUAAUAGUAGUAUUAAUAGUUCCGGUGGCGGUAGUGAUGUUUCGGCGCGUAAGAUUUAUGUCGGGAACGUUCCUUAUAAUAUUCCUUCGGAGAGAUUGUUAGGAUUUUUCUUAAAUUACGGUGAGGUUGAAGAGGGACCGUUAGGGUUUGAUAAGUCGACAGGGAAGUCUAAAGGUUUUGCCUUUAUUAUAUAUAAGACUGAGGAGGGAGCAAAGGCAGCGAUUGCUGAUCCUGUUAAGAUGAUUGAUGGGCAUCAAGUUGUCUGUAAAAUGGCUGUUGCUAAUAAUAAGAAGGUAAAGACUCAUGGUAGUAGUGGUGAGAAUAAUGUACAAGUGCAAUCACAGCCACAGCCACAGCCACUGCCACAACAACAACCACAAUCAUCGAUGUCCGGGAAUCAGUAUGGUGUUGCUCCAGCUAAUAUGCAACAUUAUGGGGGGUAUUCUGGUAAUGGGUAUGGAUUGAAUGCUUCAGCUCCAGUUGGUGGUGGAGGAGCAGGCUAUAGUGGUGGUCCAUAUGGGUAUGGAGGAGGACCGAAUUCUGCUGAGUUUGGUGGAUUGAAUAAUGCAGCAGGGAAUUCAAUGUAUAGGAUGAAUCCAAGUUCAGGUGGAAUGGCUUCUGGGGGAUAUCCAGAUGGUGCGGCUUAUGGAUUAUCUCAGCCUCAUCAGCCAUCGGCUUUGCUCCCUAGAGUUCCACCUGGAGGGAUGUAUCAGGGUAUGCCACCAUAUUACUAAGGUAAUUCAAACUGGGGUAAAAUGGUUAAGCAGCUAUCGCAUUGGGGUUACUUGAAGUAGAUCCUGUGGACUUAACAAAUUGUGUUUUUCUUCUUUUUCCAGCGGAUGAUUGCUUUAAAAUUGAUUGCUAAUGCUCCUUUUUAUGCUCAAAUGAUGAAAGAAUAAAGAAGUGUGUAAAAUCUUAUCCAAGUCAGUUUUCCAUAUUCUUCUUCAAUGUGUGGUCUUCCUCUUUAAUAAGGAAGCACAAAGAUGCUUUAGAUAUUCUAUCAUUACAUGUUCUUUUCCUUAUCUUUUCCUUAUUGUAAAUUGAUUUCGUCUAUCUCUUCCACCAUUUUUUCUAUUAUAACUGAAUUUAUUCGAGGUUCUUUUUUUUACUUGGGGGGGUUAUAGCAUAGCGAGCACAAUUAAUUGUGCAAUGAAAUUUGAUGGUAUUUGGCUUCUGGAAUCUUUUUGAUGCUUUUAAGUGAUGGAGGCUGUGUUGAUAUCUAUUUUUUGUUCGCCUAUGCUGAGCCUCCACUUUCUUUUAUUUGUUAUUGACAAUGUGCUCUAGGGCUUGUUUGAGCUUUUCGGUUAAGUUUUUCUUUUUUGUUUUAUCUUUUAUAAAUUGCUUUUUGCAAACUUGUUUUAAAAAUAAAACAAAUUUACCUACUCUCUAAAAGUUGUUCUUAGAAUUCAAAAAAAAAAAAAAUAGAAAAAAGAAAAGCAGUUUUUAGAAUUCCAAAUAAAAAAAAAAAACAGUUUAUAGAACUGAAAAAAAAAAGAGUGCUUUUUUUUUUUUUGUUGAAAAGUGUUUAUAUCCAAUACAGUCUGAAACGGUACAUCAGUGGUCUAAUGUAGCUAAUACUUAAUUAGCUUGACCAUCCUUUUAUUUCAUUUUGAUGGCUGCUGUGCUCCUGUCAAUAUUUUAAUCUCUGAAUUAUUUACUUUGGAAUCUUAUUAAUGUAAUAUAUUUGUAAUUAAGGCGUGUUGCUGUUGUUUUUUUUUUUUUUUUUUUUAUAUCUUGGAAGUUAUUGCCAAUACAGCCCAGUGUUGGGCCCGGAAGUAACAACAAUGGAUUUUGGCCUCUUUUAUAUUUAUAUAUAUAUAAAAUUUUGUCCCUUUUUUGUUGUAUUUUUGUGCCAUCCGGAUUAUCAAAUGCCAUUUGAAGUUGGGACUCAAAUUUGCUUUAACCACCGAAGGAAAGGGCAACGAACGGAUCUGCCUACAGGCUGUCAUUCUUGAUUUUGAAGACUUGGAAUGGUCUCUUCUUCUAAUGUAAUUUCUUGUAACAAAAAGGUUUGUUAAUCUUAAUAGAUUAGUUGAGCAACUCUUUGCGUCUUACUUUUCAAAGUCUUUGAAACUUUUAAUAUUAUGAGAAGUGAUCGUUUACUGAUU